AUGCAUCUAAAGUAACCCCACUUUUCUCAAACACUUUCUCUCUCUCCCACUUUUCAGGAAUCAUCUCUUAGAUUCUUCAAUGGCCUUGAGAGCUGGACCGGUUUUCUGUGAGCUUAAACCACAAACUCAAAAGGGUGAACCGGCGCCGGUUCAGAAGUUGAGAGUUUCAUCAUCAUCAUUUGAACCGGGGCAGGAGAAUGGGAAAAUAAUGUUGCAGCCGAGGUUGACUACUUUAAGGUCAUUCGGGUCGGAUCCUGUCGGAGUGAUCAAGACCAAAACCGGCGGUUUUCAUGGCGAAGAUGAUGAGGUUUCGCCUUUUUUCGAGACUCUAUCGGAGUAUAUUGAGAGCUCCAAGAAGAGUCAAGAUUUUGAGAUUAUAUCUGGUCGACUUGCCAUGAUUGUGUUUGCAGCAACAGUGUCCAUGGAAGUUGUGACUGGAAAUUCUGUAUUCAGAAAGACUGAUUUCCAAGGAAUAGCUGAAGCUGCUGGGGUUUGUAUUGGUGCUGUAGCUUGUGCUGCCCUUUUUGCUUGGUCUUCGAGUUCUCGAACCCGUGUUGGCCGAAUUUUUACCCUUGGUUGCAACACCUUCAUCGAUUCUUUAAUCGAUCAAAUCGUCGAUGGCUUGUUUUAUGAAAACGAGCAUAUCGAUUGAACUGACGAUAUCUAGACCUCAAAUAUUAAAAAAAAAUAAAGUGUUAUAAUUAAGUAGCUUAUUUCAUCAAAUGUUUGAAGUACAAUAUGUUUGUUUAGCUAAGUUGUGCAGAUUCUUCACUUUCGAUGCCGUACCCAUGUCGAAUUCUUCAAAAAUACACUAUUUUUGAAGAAUUCGACACGCACUUAUAGACUUUUUCGAAGAAUCUGAGCAACAUAAUUGUUUAGGACCUUGGUUGGUUAGUAUAUAUUUUGUACAUAGAUAUCAUAUAGUUAAAUAUAGUAUAAAGAAGCUAUAUAUAGUGCAAUAUAUAAACCAUCCAAAGAGAGGGAGGCCACAAGUGAAAAUUAAAUGGCAAUAUGAAGUUGUUAUCUUUCAUUGCGAUUAAGUAUUUUUCACUUUAUGUAUCAUUAUUUGAGACUUGGAGAGAAUGUGUUGUUCUCUUGGGACAUGAUGUUGUAUGUUUCAAUUUGGAAAAUGAACUAGCUAGCUAGCUA